UAUAUAUAUAUAUAUUUUUUAGGAUGAAAACAUUUGAUAAUUUAGUAAUAGUAACAGCUGCUAAAAAAUAGUAACUUAUAUGUGUGUGACCCAAAUUUUCCAAUGUCACGAGACAGCUGGCGGCAAGCACUCUUUGUCAAUGUUAUGCAACAUGCAUUUACUUGGAACCAGUAUCAAUAUCGUAAUUUUUAGUAUUACAAAAAGCAACUAUUCAUUUUAUUUAGUUUCUCUGCUUAUUGAUUUGCACUAUUGAAUUGAUAAAUGAACAAGCUAAACUUUGCAUUAUAAAAUACUUUGGCAACUGCAAGAAAAGAACAUUCGUACAAAGCGAUAUUUCUCUUACUUAGAAACAAUUUGUUAUUUAGAAAUGUCUUUACCUGCCCGUAGUUUCUACAAUGGAAGUAAAUUCUUUAGCCGAAAGAAUUCUGUCAGACAUUAAUGUAGUUUUUAAGAAAGUUCCUGCAAUUGAUGAAUUUGACAUUCUUCCCAUCAGUGAUGUAGUACAAAACAAAUGUCCAGUUAUUCACAUAAACCAAAAAGUAGCAUUGGAAGGAUGGUGCGUCAAGCAUGUAUACCUCUAUGCAUAUUCUCAAAUGAUGCAAUGGAAACAUAGUCAACAGAAAUUAGAUACAGCAGUUAUAUUGAGUUGGACGCGAGCUAUACUUUUGAUCAAUCCCGACGUACAGACGGCGUGGAAUAUUCGGAAAGAUCUUGUAUUUAGCGGAGUUCAGAAUAUAGAAGAAGAAUUAAAGUUUUCUGAAUUGGUACUGAGCCGAAAACCAAAGUGUCUGGACGUGUUUUCUCAUAGGAAAUUACUGCUCCAAAGGCUAAGAGAAAAGCAAUUUUUAUCAAUUAAAACGAUUAAAUACGAAUUUGAAGUCUGUUCAAGAGCUGCCGAACGUUAUCCUAAUAAUUAUUAUGCAUGGAGUCAUAGAAUUUGGGUUAUUCAAGAAUUAAUAGUAGAUAAAAAAAAUAUAGCCAUUGAAGAAUUAAAAAACACAGAAUCGUGGGUAUGUAAUCACAUUUCCGACCACAGCGGAUUUCAUUAUCGACAGUUCCUCAUAACCACUUGUUUAAAAGAAACUGGCAAUCACCAGAGCCCUUCUCUAUCCAAAUCUCAAGAAUCUACUAUCGAAAACAUACAGGAUAAAGGAAGCGACAAAGAUGGUUUGAUAGUCACGAAUGAGACAUGGCUGCUGUUACGACAGGAACUGGUUCUAAAUUCCGACCUGAUAAUUUCGUAUCCCGGACACGAGGCAUUGUGGUGCCACCGUCGUUUUGUCAUCCACGCCCUGUGCCGCCAUUCUCGUUCUGUGCCGAAUUCCGUAACGCCCAAGUGUGUUGUCUGCGUGGAUGGCGGCAGGGUGAAAAAAACUAAACUAGAAUUUCAGACAGAAUGCAAAUUCUAUAUGGAAGAAGAGGAUAGUUUUGUUAAGAAAUGCUUACUGUUGAUAAAUCAAAAGGAUUGGCAGCACCACUUGGCGACGAGGCAUCUAGAAUGGCUGCGUAAAGUCCUGUCAUCAUCAUUUCCUCUCUCUUAAUGCUUACGUUUUAACGGGAUGAGACAAACAUUGCUCAUUAAGACUUCUUUUUACUCAGGUGAUAAUUAAUUGAGAACAUUUUACACAAAUUAAAUUUGAAGUUAAGACCCUAUGUGAUAUUUUCUAGUGUUAUAAAGUUACGAUAAAUGAUUCAAAAAAGCCAUUUUUUAAAUAAAACAUGUAUUAAAAUAAUAUUAAUAAUAAUUAAUUUUUAAAACAGUAUAAAUAUAAACUGUUUUGUAUAUAUACAUAUAACAUUUUUUUCUCUCGUAGACUAAAAAUCCAAGAUUAGUAAAUUAAAAAUUAAUGAGAAUUUAAUAGAGAAAUUCUUAAAAGAACCAGUGAAAAAAUACAAUAAAAGAUAUUAUAGAAUCAAGACACUGUUAAUUCGACUCUAUAAAAUAGCAAUAAUAAUUAGCUAAGAAUUCGAAUUGUCCAUAGGUAAGUUACUUACUUUUCUUCAUUUUUUUUGCCUUUUAUCUACCAUUUUUUAAUUACUUCACAAGCAUUUAACUGUAAAUUCAAUACGUUUGUAUUUCAUAAAAUAAUUUCUGGUCUGAGUGUUUCGUACAUUUCAAACAAUACUUAUGACGAGUUGUUAUAAGGCAUCCGUUUCCAUUGGUGGCUGCUUACAUACAUAUAUGUGCUUUUUAUAAAAGCUGAUUUUAAUAGAAAAGUAUUAUAUAUAAAUGUUAUAUAUAUAAUUAUAUAUAUAUAUAUAGUAUUUUUUGUUGUAUUUUUCAUAUUAAAACUUUGAAUAUAAUCUCUUAAGAUACUUCUAGAUCUGUAGAUUUUAUUGUAAAGAACAGAAGUAAUAUGCAUAGUGUACAAUUACAACUUGUCAAUAAUAGUUGUUUCAUUAAAGUUGGAAUCAUUGAAGUUACAAUAACGGGUGACCGCCAAUUUCCCGGCAUCCUGGUUCCGUAAACAACCAGACUU